AAUGGGAGCACGCUCAGCGGUCGAUUUAUUGCGUCUAGACCAGAUUUAUCACUGCCCAUCAAUCCAGCGGGUAAUGUAGACAAGCCCUCUGAUUCAACCAUGUGCUGUCUAUCUUUGCCCUUUGCAAAGAGGCUUUCUUUUCCUUUUUCUUGCCCUGUUCUCUCUUUUAAGCUAUCUUUAUAUGUUUCUCUUUUAUUUAACUCUUUUAAAAUGUUCUUUUCUUAACCUAUCCUUGUAUUUAAUAGUUUAAAUGCUUUUCUAUUAACCUCCCUUUGUACUUUUUACCAUGUGCUUACUAAACAGUCUCUGCUUUAGUAAAUUCCCUUUUUUUUGCCAUCUGUGUUCUUUUUUAACCUAUUUUUCAAUAUUAUGUAAUGUUUUAAAUGCUCUUUUCUUAACCAGCCCUUAUAUAUAAUAUUUUAAAGGAUUCUUUCUUAACCUGCCUUUAUAUUUUUUACCAUGUGCUUACUAAACAGUUUCCUUUAUAUGUUUCUCUCUUAUUUAACUCUUUUUAAAUGUUCUUUUCUUAACCUACCCUUAUAUUUAAUACACCUUUUAAAUUUAUCUCAAAAAUUUUUAUUCUUUAAUAACAUACCCAACUAGUCCUUUAAAAGCACCUCUCCUUACUAAACCUAACCAAAAAUCUUUUUUCUUUAAUAACUUGCCUCUAUUCUUUCAAACUACCCCUUUAAAAACAAAUAUCGCCAUUUUUUUAAAGUUCACUCUUUCUAUUCUUUAAUAAUAUGCCAAACUAGGCCUUUAAAAUCAUCUCUCGUUACUAAACCUAACCAAACAAUCUUUCUUCUCCUUAAUAACCUGAAGGAACAUUAAUCCACACCUUGCAGAGUCAAGCACAGGAGUUUAUUACGCACGGCGCUGGCGGAGUGUCACUUUGCUUAUUAGGCUCAGAGACACUGCAGAACAAUUAAUUACAAUAGAUUAUAUAGGGUGCUCAUUGGGCAGAGAGAAGCAACGGGGAUGGUUUUUCCCAAACCCCUGGCUAGGUUCUAGCGGCAAGACAAGAUAAGCACAAUAAGCCAAUGGUCUAAAAGAUUACAUGAUGGCUCUGCCCAAAGCUCAAAUUAAUAUAUUGCUGAUACACAGGUAAUUACCCCUAAAUUAUGUCUAUUAAAAUGUAUAGGUUAAAUCCUAAUUUUGGGGUCCAGGGGAAUGAGGUAGCAGCUCUCCCGGUUGACCAGCAGGUGCAUUCCUGGAGAUUUAAAGCAAAAAAAGCAGUAAUUAGACUUAACAAUAACAAUUGUUUAUAAGUUUACCCUUGCAUUUUUGUGGGCUAGGAUUGGCAUAUAUCUGUGAGGGGAGGGAGUCAUAACUCAUGUCAAUCAUAUUAGGCCUCUCCCCGAACUCUGUCUGGGAUCUGAGGGGUAUUGUACCACUAUCUCCUCUCUGCAUUAGGGAGUAACCAUGAGGCCUUUCUCAGCACUUCAUUUGUCUGUAACUCACAAUAAGGAUGCCCAAUUACACUCGGCGUUAUGCUGACUCUGCUUACUGACUUGAAACACACAAGGUUAUCUGUUUACCCCAACUUUCUCUUAACCAUGUAUUGUUCUCUGUUAGCCAGCCCCCAUGGCCCAGGCCAAGUUGUGGACUCCAGGCCUAUAUGAAAAGUUCUUAGCAGAACUGUAGUUAAGAUCUUACAUCCACAGUAUAGGAAUUUUGGCCCUUCAUAACUUUUCUUUCCUCUGUUCCUCUAAACCUUACCAAACCUUUCUUUUUUUAAUCUUUAAGCUCUCUCAUUCUAUUCUUUCAACCUUUUUCUCUAAACAAUCAAAGCACAAGCAUGCAACACUCCCCCUAUUUAAACAAAAAAAAAAUCAAUUUUUUUUUUCAAAAUGGCUGUCGGCUCCAAACCUCAACACCAGCGGAAACAGGGAUGGAGGGCAGGACAUAAGCCCUAAAUGGGGCUUGGAAGCCUGUCAAAAAUGCAUAGUGAUGGAUCCUAUCGAGGUAUAUACUACUAAGAGUAACCAAGGUCUACCCCAUUGAAAGGAUAAUCCCAACCCCACGAGCUGCUGUGGAAACUGGAUGGAUGUACUUUGGAAAGCAUGGACUCUUUAGCACAUUUAAUUCUCUGUGAAUUCACCCUGAUGAUUUCAGGCAAAGUGGAGGCAGCGCUGGACCUGAUGCUGAUCAAUUCACCCCCUCUAGUGGGCAACUCAGAGACGUCGCUUAUCUGUAUUGCAGCCAGAUGGAGGUCCCGCGAGUCUGUCACAAUAGGGCGAGACUAUGAGGCCUUGAUGAGCCAACACCAGGACCCUCUGGAAGUUACUGAAGACGAGAAGAGAGAAACAGCCAAAAAAGUGGUGUGGAAAAGGGAGCAAGCUAGUGAAACUAUCGGAGCUUACUACUGUGAAGGGAAAGUCAAAGACGAGGUGACGAGGAUACGUACAAUGAAGAUGCCACUAGGAGCUUCCUUCCUCCCAGUGGCCUUAACUAUAACAGUGAACAAGGGAGAGCAUGUGAACAUUUCCUUCAUCAGAAAGACUCCAAAGGAAGAAGAUGCAGUGAUCUACAAAAACGGUACUUUCAUUCACUCUGUGCCCAGGCAUGAAGUGCCAAAUGUGCUAGAAGUGACCCGCUCUCAGGCUGAGCUACAGGAUGCAGGGGUCUACUCUGCCAGAUACAUAGGAGGAAGCACCUUCACCUCUGCUUAUACAAGGCUGAUAGUAAGACGCUGUGCAGCUCAGAAGUGGGGCCCGAGCUGCAGCUCAAUCUGCCCUGUGUGCAUGAACAAUGGCAUCUGUCAUGAAGAUAGUGGAGAAUGCAUUUGCCCUCCAGGCUUUAUGGGGAAAACGUGUGAGAAGGCUUGUGGAGACAAUACAUUUGGCAGAACCUGUAAAGAGAGCUGUAAAGAGAACUCAGGCUGCAAAUAUUAUAUGUUCUGUCUACCAGAUCCUUAUGGCUGCUCUUGUGCUACAGGAUGGAAGGGCCUGGAAUGUGAUGAAGAGUGCCAAUCUGGUUUUUAUGGUCCGGACUGUAAACUCAAGUGUAAUUGCAACAAUCGGGGGAAAUGCGACAGAUUUAAGGGCUGCCUCUGUCAGUUUGGCUGGCGUGGUCUACAAUGUGAAAAAGAAGGUUCAGCUGACGUAUCACCUCAGAUAAAGCACUUGCCAGACCAUGUGGAACUCAAUUCUGGCACAGAGUUUAAGCCUAUUUGUAUAGCCACUGGCAAGCCACUUCCUGUUAUUGAAGAAUUUAAACUGUUGAAACAAGAUGGGACUGUCUUCAAGCCCGUCUCAUUUGUUAGCAAUCGCUCAGAAGCAAAGUUUCAUAUCAAUAGAAUCCAGCCCCCUGACUCAGGAACAUGGGUUUGCAGUGUUCAGACAGUAGCAGGGAUGGCAGAAGAGCCUUUCCGGGUUACAGUUAAAGUUCCUCCUGUGCCUCAGUAUGCUCCGAGGAUGAUAGACAGUGGACAUAAUUUUCUCACCAUCAAUAUCAAUGCUGACUCCCACACUGGUGAUGGACCAAUUGUGUCAACCAAGCUCCUGUAUAAGCCUGCUAAAGAUUAUCAGCCCUGGAUGUCAGUAGAAGUAAAUGGAAAGAGCAAGAGAUUAUUUAAUCUAGAACCCAAAACAGAAUAUCAGUUCUGUGUUCAGCUAAGCCGGCAAGGGGAUGGUGGAGAAGGGCAUCCUGGGCCACAGGCAAGCUUCACAACGGCUGCACUUGGUCUUCCUCCACCAGAAGGUCUCACCCUCCUUCCUAAAAGCAAGACAUCUCUGAUUUUGUCAUGGCAGCCAAUAGCACAGAAGCCAGAAGAUGACCUUCUUGUUGAAGUGGAAAGGACGAGUGUGAAUGACAACAGUGGUGAUGAGAUCAGUGUUAUCACCCGUGUGCCAGGAAAUAUAUCCACCCUGGUUAUUGAUGAUUUAGAACCCAGACAGCAGUAUAGGUGCAGGGUACGUGUGAAUACCAGGUCUGAAGGAGAGUGGAGUGACUAUUUGUAUGCAUGGACCUACAGUGACAGAAUCCCACCGUCACCUGACAACAUCAAGAUUUUCAACAUCACGGACACCUCCGCCAUCAUCUCUUGGUCAACUGCUGCGGGACAGUCCAUCUCCUCCAUCAUCAUCAGCUACAAGAUUUAUGGCAAGGCUGAGUACAACCACAUUGACGUCACAAUAAAAAACACAACCAUCACGCAGUAUCAUCUCAAGGGCCUCGAGCCGAACACUGCGUAUCUGGUUCAGAUUAGUGCACAGAACAAUAUUGGACUGAGCAACCCAAACCCCUCUCUUGAACUGCAGACUCUCCCGGAAACAAAAGCUCCGUAUGAAUCGAAGGGAGGGAAAAUGCUGCUGAUUGCGAUCCUUGGCUCAGCAGGGAUGACCUGCCUAACAAUCCUCCUGGCCUUUCUCAUCAUGCUGCAGCUAAAGCGAGCCAACUUCCAGCGCAGAAUGGCUCAAGCCUUCCAAAAUGUGGUGAGAGAAGAGCCAGCUGUCCAGUUUAACUCAGGAACUCUCACUCUGAGCAGGAAAGCCAAGAACAGCCCAGACCCCACUAUCUAUCCAGUCCUCGAGUGGAAUGACAUCAAAUUUCAAGAUGUGAUUGGGGAGGGCAACUUUGGACAAGUCCUUAAAGCACGAAUUAAGAAGGAUGGCUUGCGAAUGGAUGCUGCCAUCAAAAGGAUGAAAGAGUAUGCAUCAAAGGAUGAUCACAGAGACUUUGCUGGAGAAUUGGAAGUUCUUUGUAAACUUGGACAUCAUCAUAAUAUCAUAAAUCUUUUGGGAGCAUGUGAACAUCGGGGGUAUCUUUACCUGGCUAUUGAAUAUGCUCCCCAUGGAAAUUUACUCGAUUUCCUAAGGAAGAGCAGAGUGCUGGAGACAGACCCAGCAUUUGCUAUUGCCAACAGCACUGCCUCCACACUGUCUUCUCAGCAGCUUCUGCAUUUUGCAGCAGAUGUGGCCAGAGGGAUGGACUACUUAAGCCAAAAACAGUUUAUUCAUCGCGAUUUGGCAGCAAGAAACAUCUUGGUUGGAGAAAACUAUGUUGCAAAAAUAGCAGAUUUUGGAUUGUCUAGAGGUCAAGAAGUUUAUGUUAAAAAGACCAUGGGAAGGCUUCCAGUGCGAUGGAUGGCAAUUGAAUCUCUAAAUUACAGUGUGUACACCACAAACAGUGAUGUGUGGUCAUAUGGUGUCCUGUUAUGGGAAAUAGUCAGUUUAGGUGGGACACCGUACUGUGGAAUGACAUGUGCAGAACUCUAUGAGAAAUUGCCACAAGGGUACAGACUGGAAAAGCCUCUCAACUGCGAUGAUGAGGUGUAUGACCUAAUGAGACAGUGUUGGCGGGAGAAACCGUAUGAAAGGCCAUCAUUCGCUCAGAUCCUGGUGUCACUGAACAGGAUGUUAGAGGAACGAAAGACAUAUGUGAAUACCACGCUGUAUGAGAAGUUUACCUAUGCAGGCAUUGACUGCUCUGCUGAAGAAGCUGCUUAAGACAGAAAAAAAUCUUCAUAUAUUGAACAACUAUUAAACAAACCAAAAACUCAGCCUUCUGGGGCACAGAAUGGGAUGUGCUGUGUAUAGCUCUUUGUAAAAUAUUGUUGAACUACAGAUAGCAUUGUGUAUAUCUUACAGUAAGCUCUGCCUCCAUAGACUGUAGGAAUGUAUAUACUGUUUUGAGUAAGAAUGGGCUAAAGUCAUCAAUUCUAAGGUUUCAGAGUAGUAGCCGUGUUAGUCUGUACCAGCAAAAACAACGAGGAGUCCUUGUGGCUCCUUAAAGACUAACAAAUUUAUUUGGGCAUAAGCUUUCGUGGGCUAGAACCCACUUCAUCAGAUGCAUGGAGUGAAAAUACAGGAGCAGGUAUAAAUACAUGAAAGGAUGGGGGGGGGUUACUUUACCAAGUGUGAGGGCAGUCUUUACUAAACGUAAACUUAACUUCCCCAAUAGUAAUUUCUCCCUACUGUUACUCUCACCUUCUUGUCAACUGUCUGAGCCACUCUCUUAUCACUUCAGCAGUUAUUUUUUCUCCCUUGGUAUCCUACUGUUAAUUGAUUUAUCUCGAUAGACUGACCUCACACUUGGUAAAGCAACUCCCCCAUCCUUUCAUGUAUUUAUACAAGCAACUGCUGUUUGUUUUUUGUCAUUCAGUUUAAUAGCCAAUUUCUGUAUUAAAUAUCAAUGUUUAUCUUGACAAUAUAUAUAUUAGAGAGUGGUGUUAUUUUAGAAAGCCACAGGGCGUUUAUCACAAAGACUGGGCAUUCAUAAAUGUAUUACAUAUUGUAAAACACAUUUCUAAAAGGUCAGUUUGGCUACAAGUGCAAUUUUUUCAUUUUGUAUUUGAGUCUAAUAAUACACUGACUAAGUAUGGAUCAUUAGGUAAUUAUAACCAGGCAAGGUUCACUUACUUGCUUGUGACCACCCUAUUCCUUGUGUGCCUGGCUGUAGUUUACUGUGUGGCCUUUAACAAAUAAUGUACUAAAAGCCUUUAAAAUAUU